AAAAAAAACACAAGUAUAUAUUUUCAGAAAAAAUAUGGAUGAGCUGAGAAAUCUUUUGAUGACCUACGUCAAGGAGGUGGAAGGUACAUUAGGCAUAGUUCUGUGUGAUCGGGAUGGAAUUCCAAUUCUAAGGUGUACACUAGAAGAUUGUCCGGACUCAGCGACAAGACCGGCUUUUCUAUCAGCCCAUGCCGCCGCUAGCGAACAGGCUGGGAAAAUGGGAUUGGGAAAUAAUGAGACAGUGAUGGCAGUUUAUCAAAACUAUCAGGUUGUACAUUUGAUACAUGCUGGAGUAGUGAUUACUGUGAUAGCCACUGCUGAUGCAUUGUUAAGGUUUAGAAAAGAACCAGUUUGCGCAGUAUUAUUUCCAUAUUUUACUAAAAUUGUGUGUGUCUGGUCUGGUGGAAUCUGGGUGCCGUUGUCUAUUGGGCAUGCUAUCUUUACAUAGAAGAUGAGUUGAGGUGUACAGUAGAGAAUCUGAAACCUCUUGUUCAGGAUAUAUCUCUUGCUGUUCUGCACCCUGCUGCGUAAACAGGAAGACGAUAUUUUUCUGGAACAGGAAAAAGAUUAAAGUGGGGAGCAGGGGCGUCAAGUGGAGGCAAAUAAUCCUCAUUUUUCCAAAAACUUUCCGAUGUAGAUGAUUUCGGUUUUAUAUAUAUUUUAUACAAUUAAUAAUAAUAUUUUAUUUAUCUUGUUUAAUGUAAACAAUAAUUUAGUAUUUUUGAUGUAAAAAUUUAAUUAAGUAAACGUAAAUGAUUAAAUGCAUCCUUGCUUU